AUGGCGAAACUUGGACUUUCAAAAGACUUGGUGCGAUCAAUUCUUGUUGCCGGAUGUUCAAAUUCUGCUCUUGCCAAUGUAUAUUUAAUAUCGCUAUCAUACACCGGCAAUAUAACCUCGUCGCCCCUACAGAAUGCCGACCCAGCCAGACUCAAUCCAAGUAUGCCAGCAAUAUUUGCGAAUUUGUCUGCUGGGAUUAACAGGAAUGCGACUUCAUUGGAAAUACGUACCGGAUACUUGGGUCAUUGCAUGAAGCAAAACUCAGGGCUCUGGAUCUGUGCUCGGAAUGCGGAAGCUCUUGCAAAUGCCAUCAGAGAGCAAAAAGCAUCAGAUGCUGACCCCCUGAAUCUGCUUUACAUGUCCAAGGCGUUCAAAGACCAAACGGUCUUUAGUGGGUUGAUAUUUGCAUCGAUUCCAUUUGUAUUUAUUUGCUUCCUACUUCUCUCCACAUUUCCUGGCUGGCACGAGGACUUGAAUUCGAGCGGCAGCGAGCAGGAAGUCAGACCAUUUCCGUCAAGGAUAGUAUCUCAGCUUGCUACGGUCCUUGCGGGCCUUGCCUUGCUUCUAAUAUUUGUAUCAGUGUUUUGGCAGCAUAUAUCGAGCGCUGCGGGUGUAACAAUGGGUGAAGAGCUCAAUUAUGGAGCAGUUGAGGGUCACAUUGGAGCUGUCUCUAUGGUUUUGGGAUGGGGUGGAGUUUUUGGAACUGCUCUUGUCUUUGUAGGCCUAAUUAUUAUGCUCAUGAGUAUCUCAAUUGUAUCCCAACUCAUAGAUUUGUGA